AGGGGGAGUAGGAGAAGACAAAAGCCGAAAGCCAGGAGGGCCCGGGCCGCACACUCGAGCUGCGGGCGUGGAGGCCACAGUGCACGCGGCAUCCCGGUCAGCAGGCAGCAUGGGGAAAGGGGGGAACCAGGGCGAGGGGGCCACAGAGCGCGGGGCGCCCAUGCCCACCUUCAGCUGGGAGGAGAUUCAGAAGCACAACCUGCGCACGGACAAGUGGCUCGUCAUCGACCGCAAGGUCUACAACAUCACCAAAUGGUCCAGCCGGCACCCAGGGGGCCAGCGGGUCAUCGGGCACUACGCGGGGGAAGAUGCUACGGACGCCUUCCUCGCCUUCCACCGUGACCUUGACUUUGUGCGCAAGUUCAUGAAGCCUCUGCUGAUUGGAGAGCUGGCCCCGGAGGAGCCCAGCCAGGACCAUGGCAAGAACUCCCAGAUCACCGAGGACUUCCGGGCCCUGAGGAAGGCGGCCGAGGACAUGAACCUGUUCAAGAGCAACCACCUGUUCUUCCUCGUCCUGCUGGCCCACAUCAUCGUCAUGGAGAGCAUUGCCUGGUUCAUCAUCUUUUACUUUGGCAAUGGCUGGAUUCCAACCGUCAUCACGGCCUUUGUCCUUGCUACCUCUCAGGCCCAAGCCGGAUGGCUGCAACAUGAUUACGGCCACCUGUCUGUUUACAAGAAGUCCACCUGGAACCACUUUGUCCACAAGUUCAUCAUCGGCCACUUAAAGGGUGCGUCCGCCAACUGGUGGAACCAUCGUCACUUCCAGCAUCACGCCAAGCCCAACAUCUUCCACAAGGACCCCGAUGUGAACAUGCUGCACGUGUUCGUCCUGGGCGAGUCGCAGCCCAUUGAGUACGGCAAGAAGAAACUCAAAUACCUGCCUUACAAUCACCAGCACGAGUACUUCUUCCUGAUCGGGCCGCCGCUGCUCAUCCCCGUGUACUUCCAGUACCAGAUCAUCAUGACCAUGAUCGCACGCCACGACUGGGUGGACUUGGCCUGGGCCUUAAGCUACUACGCUCGGUUCUUCAUCACCUACAUCCCUUUCUAUGGUAUCCUGGGGACCGUCAUUUUCCUCAGCUUCAUCAGGUUCCUGGAAAGCCACUGGUUUGUGUGGGUCACGCAGAUGAACCACAUCGUCAUGGAGAUUGACCACGAGCCCUACCGUGACUGGUUCAGCAACCAGCUGGCAGCCACCUGCAACGUGGAGCAGUCCUUUUUCAAUGACUGGUUCAGCGGACACCUCAACUUCCAGAUCGAGCACCACCUCUUCCCCACCAUGCCCCGGCACAACUUCCACAAGGUCGCGCCGCUGGUGAAGUCUCUGUGCGCCAAGCAUGGCAUCAAGUACCAGGAGAAGCCGCUGCUGAGGGCCCUGCAGGACAUCAUUAGGUCCCUGAAGAAGUCCGGGGAGCUGUGGCUGGACGCCUACCUCCACAAAUGAAGCAGCAGCCCUGGGGCUGCCCACGGGGAAGGGGGAGCAGGUGGGAGUGCUGGCCACAGGGAGGGGGGCUUUUGUUCCGAGGGGUUCCACAAGGCUGGGGUACAUGCUGGUUCGGGAAUCCCAUUUUUGGUCUAUCUCCUGUUUUCCUCCGCUUUCCUUGCACUUCUGUGUCCGACACCCUCCCUCAUGGGGCUGUCCUCUAUCAGAUGGCCCUUCACCUGCUCCCUCCCACCCCCAGGAGCCAAGAGAGGUGCUCUGUCCCGGCCCCCAACUUCUGUCCCCAAACUUUUGCCAGGCCAGAGGUCCACAGAGACGGCCUAUAACACCCCUUUCCUGCUGCCUGGUCUCUAGGCCUCACAACUCCUUGUCUCCCUCAGAUACUUCUGAGGUCCAUGGCGGGUGGGGGUCCUCAUUGGGCACCACGGCUCCCUGGCCUGUAGGCCUGGCCCCACUGUCAGCGUCCCCAUCACUGGUGUUAGGGGGCGUGUGCGCCUGGUGCCCCCGGCUCCCUCGCAGCCUGCACUGGGACCUGGGCCUCCCUGCUGCCACCCCUUCUCUUCAGAUGCCCAGGGUCCUGACCCUGAUCCUGGCUCCCUUUGCCGGCAGCGCAGCCAGCUCAGACCUCGGGGCCCAGGCAAGUGUCCUUGCCCCGCAGGAGCCCUCUGACCCGGGGCUUGUGCUGUUCCAUCCCACCACUGCCACGUCUCCCCAGCUCCACAGCCUGGGCCCCGGGGGCCAAGGGGGCCACCCUGAAAGUGGGCUUGGCCAGAUCAGAGGAUCAGCUGGCCUGUCGGCUCAGCCCUGCCCCCUUCGUCCCCCAACAUCCCCUUCAGCGGUUUGUCCAGGCUAGGCGAUCGGACCUUUCUCCAAGGUGCUCUGUUACCUGCCAGGCAGUGCCCACCAGUCUCUAGCUGCUUGGCCAAGUGGCCUUGAGCCCUUCAAGCUGCCGGAGGGCGCCUCACACAGCCCAGCUCCACGCGGGGGCUGCUAGUGGGGACGUGCUCACACUGUCUUCUGCUUUCGCCUGUCCUCUGGAUUUUUAACCUUUUGUUACAGAGACGUUCUGACGGGGUCGGGGGGGAGCUGCGACAACAGGGCUGGGCCUUGUCACAACCUUCUACCAGCUGCCUCUUUAGGCCCCUGUGGUGGGCUGAGCCCGGCUCACUCAUGGAGGCCACAGGGACCCCAACUGUGGGAGCUGCUGAGGCCGCUGCUUUUGAGAAGGCAGUAGGGGCCCGGGGGGAGGCAGUCCCAGAGGACGUGACCCUACAGAUCUGGGGGUUUGGGAGGGAGACAUGAUGAAGGUCAAGUGAAAACUGCAACAAGGAGUUUGGGGCCGGAAGCCAGGCAGCCAAGGGGAUGGGGAGAGAGCGGGAGGGAGGGACUCAGGGCUGCUGCGUUGGGAAAUCUAACCCACUAACCAAUAUUUAGCUUCAGGGGAGGGGAGCAGAACAAGCUCAGCGGGGGCGUCUAUGGGAGAGAGCUGUAGUCCCCCAGCUCCCCCGCCAGGGGGAGAUGCAUCUUGUGCGACGGACCUGCAGGUUGCCAUGGCGACCCAGUGGCGAACACAGGCCCCAGGAGCUCUCCUUCCAGGGACACAGAAUGGAUCUAUAGGGAACUGAUGUUAAUUUUUACCAUAUCGCUCCCCCACCCCUACAUUUUUUGGAAAUAAAAGUAAUUUUAUUCUCA